UGUGUUGCUAUUGGCUCUCUGUGGCUUAUUUAAGGACGUCAUUUCCGGCCGCCCGUCCUUUCCGCGCUACCCUGGAACGGGUCCGUACGGCGUUGUUCUUGGUUCCCAUCGUAACUUAAAAGGGAAACUUACACAAUGUCCGGAGGCCUUGACGUCCUGCAGAUGAAGGAGGAGGAUGUCCUCAAAUUCCUUGCUGCAGGAACCCACUUAGGUGGCACCAACCUUGACUUUCAGAUGGAGCAGUACAUCUACAAAAGGAAAAGUGACGGUAUCUACAUCAUCAACCUGAAGAGGACUUGGGAGAAGCUGUUGCUAGCCGCUCGCGCUAUUGUUGCCAUUGAGAACCCUGCUGACGUCAGCGUCAUCUCCUCCAGGAACACUGGCCAGCGAGCUGUGCUGAAGUUUGCCGCUGCCACAGGAGCCACUCCAAUUGCUGGCCGCUUCACACCUGGGACUUUCACUAACCAGAUCCAAGCAGCCUUCAGGGAGCCCCGGCUUCUAGUGGUGACUGAUCCCCGGGCUGACCACCAGCCCCUCACAGAGGCCUCUUACGUCAACCUGCCCACCAUUGCUCUGUGUAACACAGAUUCUCCCCUGCGCUAUGUGGACAUUGCCAUCCCAUGCAACAACAAGGGAGCUCACUCAGUGGGUCUCAUGUGGUGGAUGCUGGCCCGGGAAGUACUCCGCAUGCGAGGGACCAUCUCCCGGGAGCACCCAUGGGAGGUUAUGCCUGAUCUUUACUUCUACAGGGACCCAGAGGAGAUUGAGAAGGAGGAGCAGGCUGCCGCUGAGAAGGCUGUGACCAAGGAGGAAUUCCAGGGUGAAUGGACUGCACCAGCGCCUGAGUUCACUGCUGCUCAGCCUGAGGUGGCCGACUGGUCUGAGGGUGUGCAGGUGCCCUCUGUGCCCAUCCAGCAGUUCCCCACGGAAGACUGGAGUGCACAGCCGGCCACUGAGGACUGGUCAGCAGCUCCCACAGCACAGGCCACUGAGUGGGUUGGAGCCACCACUGAGUGGUCCUGAGCUCCUCUGCAGGUGCCUGAGCGAAGGGAAAAAAGGUGGAAGGAAAAUAAAGUUUCUGAAAGCUGC